AUGGAUGAUCGUCUAAUGUCUUUUGAUGAAGAAUUCCAGCCACAAAUUACAAAUACAUUGAAUACGAUAGUUGAUCAUAUUCAAGAAACGGUGAAUAAGGCUGAACCUUUAAGUGCUGAUGACGCUGAAAACAUGCUGGAUGAUGCAUGUGAUGAUUGUAUUAACACAUUUAAAACAAAAAUCGAAGAAAUUAGAGCUUCUGCUAGACGAGCGAGACCUGAUCCAUCAAGUCAAACUUAUGAUGAAGAUGAAAAGAUGUAUACAGCUUAUAUAACAGCUGUGGCAACUGGCAUUGAACAGAGCAAAAGUUUCUUUGAUACUGUUUUUGAACGUAUUCGUAAUAUUGUAUCUACGGUGGUCGAAUGUAUCAAAGCGGGUGUGAAAUGGGCGUGGGACCAAUUGACUGCAGCAUUUGAUUCAAUUAAAUCUCUUUAUAAAUCAUAA